UUACAUUAUUUAGCUGGCUGUGUGUUUCAGUAACAUAUAUUGACUUGUGGCUGAACCAGGAUUUUCUGUUACUUGCUGUUUGUCUGUUCUUGGAAUUAUACAAUUAUCAAGGAGCCGCAGCCUGUGUGGAUGAAGGAAGGAUGCAGACGAUAAAGUGUGUGGUGGUGGGGGACGGGGCGGUGGGCAAGACCUGCCUGCUGAUCUCUUACACGACCAACGCCUUCCCCGAGGAGUACAUCCCCACCGUCUUCGACAACUACAGCGCCCAGAUGAGCGUGGACGGGCGCACCGUCAGCCUCAACCUGUGGGACACGGCGGGCCAGGAGGAGUACGACCGCCUGCGCACGCUCUCCUACCCGCAGACCAACGUCUUCAUCAUCUGCUUCUCCAUCGGCAGCCCCUCGUCCCACGCCAACGUGCGGCACAAGUGGCACCCCGAGGUGUCGCACCACUGCCCCAGCGUGCCCAUCCUGCUGGUGGGCACCAAGCGUGACCUGCGGUCCGACGGCGAGACGGUGAAGAAGCUGAAGGAGCAGGGCCUGGCCCCCACCACCCCCCAGCAGGGCAGCGCGCUGGCCAAGCAGAUCGGGGCCGUCAAGUACCUGGAGUGCUCGGCGCUGCUGCAGGACGGCGUGCGGGAGGUGUUCGCCGAGGCCGUGCGCGCCGUCUUGUACCCCGUGACCAAGAAGAAUGCCAAGAAGUGCGUGCUCUUAUAGUGGGGAGGGGAAAGACUGCGGACGGAGCUGAACAGCUGUGUCAUGGUUCCAGGCCCCCUACCACUAUAUGCUCUGUGUAGCUGUUCUGUUUCUCCAUUUUCUCUUUAACCCCCCUGCUCUUACCACUCUUGUUUUUAUCUGUAAUUUUUUUUUUCCCCUAACCAAACACCAAAGUGAAGAUGCCAGGGGAAUAACGGCAGUGGAGGGUGUCUCUCCUUGUGCCUGGCUUGGUGUGCAACCCCACUCUUUUUCCAACACAUGUUAAGUUCCCCUGCUGUUUCUUCCCACCGCUCCUCUCCACAGGCCCUCCCUAAAGAAGACCGCCUGUGUCUGCUCUUUCAUGUUUGCCUUCUGUUUUGUCUUCUUGGAAUUUUGUGCUUUAUAUUUGUGGACUGAAUUAGCAGAUGAAAAAAGUGUAAAAGCGUGCAUGAAAGUAACCCCAUAUUGAAAAUUGAGAAGAGAAGCUAACGAUUUACCAAAAAACCUUACUGAAAUCAUGUCCUUUACCUUCCUGUGGAAUCUGCCAAGUGUUCAUUGGAGAGGAGGAGCGCUGGGUCUCCCCUCUCUCUACACCUUUUGCCUGGCCCUUGGUGAUGAAGAGGCUCAGUGACUGGACAGCAGCCUCUGUAUAAGGGGCAGGGGUCUGCCAGGGCUGUAACCUCAGUUCAGCUAAAGGGCUCCUCUUUAGAGGCCUGGAGCUUUGCGUGCCUUCAAGAAGCAGCUUUAAAUCCCAUGCUGUGUUUGCGGUCUGACCACGAUACGUCGAGAGGAUCAUGUCAAUCAGGAGCCAAAAAAAAGUGACACUGUAGAGCACAUGCCUGGACACAUUGACUUCAGAGCGCAAAAAGGAGGCCCUGACUAUGGUUAGCAGGAGCAAGCACAUCAUAAUCCUUUUCCAGCUCCAGUCUCCCUCAUUCUUUAGUGAUGGAUCAAUUAGCCCUUCUGACACAAAAACAAAACAAGUGGAAUUAAAAUGUAGAAAUAGAGGCUGAACUGCAUAUUUGGCACCCAAGCACAAUGCUUGGAUUAGUUCAGUCUGUGUCCCAUACCAGAGCAGGCCUUUGUUUGUGAGCCGUGAGCUUGCAGACAUAUUUUAUUGUCAAAACAGAAGUCCAGGUUUAUUGUUACAUUAGCUGGGGAUUGUCUGUGGAUAAAUUUAAUGUGUCUGCAGUGCAACGAAAGUUCUAAAGUAGGUUAACAUCCUCAUUACAUCACGAGUGACAGACCUGGGCCUGGGUACGAGGAUAUUUUUUCAACAGUGAGGUUGUUAGGAAUGUUUAAAAGCAAGUGUGUAAGUGAUGUCAGAUGCUUUUACUUUUAAAUGCUCUUGUCAAACCCUUUUAUAUCUGAAAUGACCUACAACAAAAGAAACUAUUUACUGGAAUAGGUGUGAUAGUCUGGUUCAGUUGGACUGACAGCUGACAUCAGCAUGCCCAGAAUGAUUAGCUUUUUAAACAUGAUCAGUAUGUAGAUUCUCUUGCUCCUGUGGGCUAAUGAUCACUGUCAAGCCGCAUUCCGUUUUCUGUACAUCCUGGGAUUCCCGGAUUAUAACUGUUACUUGCAUAUCAGGAUUCCUAGCAAUGUGCCUUUGUCCCUGUUUACUGUAUUGAGUGUUGGAUUGGAGGGACUGUGCCAAAUAGUGCAUUUUAAAUAUUAAAUGGUUAUGUUGCUUUUUUUUCUUAAUUUACAGUACUUUUUUUGUAUAAGUUCUCUGAUUAAUUUCCCCACAUAUACCAUGAAGCUUCAUAGAUUUUAUGGGCCUUUUAACUCCCUUGAUGAUUAUCUCCAGGCAGGAUGAAUGUGUGAGUGCCGAUUGUGGUCCCGAGUGGCUGCUGGCUGCUUGUUGUCAUGAGCGAGAGCAGUUGGCCUCUAGGCAUCAUGCUGGCGAGAGCGAUUGGCUGGGUGAAAACGCUCGUCACACCGCGGCGCCGGAACGCUCCGGGUCCUCGGUGACUCCGGGGGGGGGGCCUCGGGGGGGGUGCUCUGCACCUCUCUUUAGGGGGAGCGUGCACACCUCUCAGGUGUCGACAUGUAGAGUUAAUGAUUACCCCUGCAAAGCAACAACCUGAGUCAGAGCCAGAGCACCAGCUGGCCUCAGCCUUCAGCACGAGUUUGCCACUGUCUCUCAAUAGGCUCAGACAGAUCAGCCCGUGUGCGGUCUAGUAUUUACUCACCAGUGGUAAUGACGCCAUAGUUCUUCCCUCUGUGUCACCUCCCAACAGGAUCAGGGGUGUGUUUUAUUUUUUUCCUUCCUUCUCCCCUUGCUGGAUCUGUACAGGGGUAGAGGUUAGAGCACCCACGGUGUUCUUUUCCAGAAAAGAUGAAGAAAUGAUUUACAUAUAAUUUUUCUUCAAGCAAUGCCUUCUUUCAGUGAAAAAGUUGGGUGUGCCUUGCAACAGAGACUGAAAUAUCAAAUGUACAUAACUGCUAAAACAGUUUUUUUUUGGAGGUGGUAAUACCAACAGAAAUAUCUGUUCUUUCAUCUGUAAUCUGUUUGUAUUUAAACGUCAGUUGCAGUUGUCAUGCUUGGCUACAUGUUUCGUACUAGAAUGAAUGUGUCCUUGAACCUCUUCAUUUACAAAAACUGGACCAACUGUCCAGGUACAUGUGCUGUGGCUGCCCGAUUUACAACCUGACCUUAUGAUUGACUGCAGAAGCUUACUUUUUUCUACUGACAAAUACAACAGACAAGACUCUGUUUCAGUGACUUCAUACAACCAGUUGAUAAUGAUAAAAAUUUCUGGAAUUAAUUUUUGUGUGAUGCAAUUCAGCACUGAUAUGAUUUUUUAUGUGACACAACUCUACAUAAAUGACACAUUAUUGUAUUUAGUAAUCUUAAAACAGUUGCAUGCGAGCGGUAUGACUUUGAAUUAAGAGUCAAGUCCUGGCACCAAUAAUGUUAUUUUUUUAUCUUUAAAUAACUGAACACAGGGUGAUGUCUUUGAAUGCGUAUUCCCAUCACUCCACCAAAGAUGUUGUUCAGAGAAAAGUGGCUUGUACAGAAAUUGAAAUCAGGUUCCUGCAGUGUCUUGAGUUCUUACUGUUUGUCUCUGUAUCGCACCCACCUGCAGCUUGUGCUGUCGUCAUGGAUAUAUCAGUUGUCCCCAGUGAACAUGCUCAGAUGUCCGCUCUUUUCCUCUGGCAGUGCCUACCGUAAUCAAAGUGCCUUUUUAUUCAUGGAAUUCUUUUUUACGGAUUUCUAAGUCAUGGACAAAAUCUUACAUGGUCAAAAAGCACGCAGAACUGUACGUUUCUCAUGAAAUGCACUGCAUUCAUAUGCAGUUAAUGGCUCUCAGUUCUUGCAUGACCUCAGUGGUGCAUUUUCAGUUGUGCUUGGAAGGUGUGUGGCAACUAGUCUAUGUGGAUCUCUUCACUGGGUGCAUUUCAAAUAUUGGGAGACGAGUGACAGACUAACAGGGGGACCAUAUGUGAUCCACAGCAGCAGCCUCUGCUCUCGGUUUCCUGUUGAUGUUGAUGAUGGUGUGUGGGAGCAGGAGGUCUGUCUUCACAUCCAUUUCCUCUGACGGUGUGCUCAGAGCAGGUGUAGCUCAGUCUUGGCAGGCUGGGGCUGUUGGCCUGUAAUGGAGGAACUUCUCAAGACCCUCUCUCAGGCAACUGACAGGAAAUUCACACAUAAUGUGAGAGAGCGCUGUGCCUGUUCUGUGAAAUUUUAAAAUUAUUUUGUUACUUUUAUCGUGUUGCCUGUAUGGAUAGUAAAUGGCUUGUGGUUCUUCAGGAUUGUUUUAGCUAAACCUAUUCAAAAAUCAUCAGAUGGUUCAUCAUUUGGUAACACCCUGGCAAUUUGAAAGACCAAGGGGUUCGUUUUGCUUGAUCACUGUGAUGAGAUCAGAAAUGAACUGACAGCGGCAGGAAUGGGAUCCAUACAGUUCAUCUUGACUGACAGAUAACAGUUGAACCUACCGAGGUGGAAACUAAAGCCUAGGAUGGCCCCAGGGCCAACCAAAUUCAGCGCUGAAAUCACUCUUCAUUUAAAAUGGAAGAGGAAAUGGAUUGAGCAAUGUAAACCUUUCUAAUUGUUUUAUUCAGUGUUCACAGGAAGUCUGCUUACUAAUCUGGUGAUUUGAUAAAUGCAGUAGUGAUUAUGGGUCUGGAAAUGUUUGAAGGGAAGGUGAAGGAAGGGAAAGUGAUGUGGAGUUGUGUCACUCCCUUUGUGGGAGGUGGGGAGAAGGGUGGGGUACUUCUCUAUUGUGGUACAGUUAGAGCUCAAGGUACUGCUGAAGUGGGUGGAUACACUUUACCAUAAAAAAAAAUCACAUUACCAGAAAUGCUGCGUGAGAGAACAUAUGGUUAGUCAUAAUCAAAUACGAUAAACUCCAAAUUCUGGUGGUGUAUUUCUUUGCUUAUCUUCACAUGUCUAGUAUACUGUCAAAUCUCAACAGGUGACUGGGCCCCACAACCACCAGCGCCUCAGAUCUGUCUACUAUGGUGUGUGGUACUAAAUUUAUACACUGGGAACUUGAUUUGUAGAAAUUGUGUUGUCUUUUUUUAUAUAACAAACAUAUUUGUAUAAAAGAACUAA